UCCAUGUUCCUUGCCCAAUGGGAUUUCGUUUAUUUGGUGAACUGUAAAGUCUCAAAGUUUCAACAGGACUCUAUCAAACGCAACGCCAUAGCCUCGUACAAAACACUGUCCUCUACGAGCCUCAUUCAGUGUGCUAAAACAUGUGCUGGGGAGCCUGAGUGUCGUUCCGUUUCCUUCACUGAGUCGGCUGAACUUUGUCACAUGAUGUCUGAUAUCGUCGGUCCAGAAGUCGAGACCGAGUCUCUCGAUGAUGAGGGGAUGCAAUCAUAUACAAUGAUCGUGAGGUGCCCACCUGACUACAUUUUCAUCGAUGGAACCUGUCUGAAAUUGUCCAGCGAAACUAGUAAUUUCACCGAAGCCUCAGACGCAUGUCUCAGUGAUGGAGCAGUGCUGGCUCAGAUGACGCCUAUCACAGUAUUUCACGAAAUAGUAAGGCGCAUGUUCAAUGAUGGCACCUCGCCAGAGGGAUUCUUCUGGGUUGGCUCUACUGACAUUGAGGAGGAAGGCACCUGGAGAUGGAAUGAUGGUACCCCGAUAAGUCCGUGGCUAACGGGAGAUCCCAAUGACCUCGGUGGGAAUGAGGACUGCCUCAGCCUCUACGUGAGGGCUGCAACUGGGGCCUUCUUCGUCGACUACGCUUGCAAAAAAGACGAACGCUAUCUCUGCCAAGCACAACCACUUGGUGCUGACUCUUGUUAAAUCAGAUGACGGCUGCAUUCAUGGA